GUCAUCAUUACUCAGAACUGUUACAGUUUAUAAUUAGUUUUCUGAGUACUGACAAAAUUGCUGGGGUACUGCAAUUAUUCAUGUCUAGCAAUAAAUUGUAUUUCUGCCAAGGCCUUUUGCUCGAAAACGAAAGAAAAAAGAAAGGUGUUGAAUUGAUGUUUGUAUGCCGCGAAAUUUUGUUAACUAGAAAGGUGAUUUUGAAGGAAAUUUUGAACUCAACGUUGUGAGUGCGUUUAUAUUGGUCUCGACGUUGUGCCAUGUGGGGAGCAGAGAUGUGUUGUAUUUGGUAAUUCCAAGGCUUUGAGCUCGUGAAAAUGACAAUGGGAAACAAGGCCGGUUUUGCUUUCUUAAAGAGAAUCAGUUGCGGAUAAGAACAAAACUGUUUGGUGUGGGAGAAAACAGCCAGUGAUUUCUGUGCCUAAUUAAAGCCGUAACGUCACCAAAGAGCCACAUUUUUUCCUUGAAGUUCAAGAUCAGGACCAUCAGGUAAAUGGAUGCCGGUCAAAUUAAUGAUAUUUUUCACAUGAUCUUUCUACUCCUGACUGAUUCGUCAGCACUCACCUGUUCCUGUUUUCUGCCCAUUUCUUAAUACGUGAGCAGCAAAAUACAUUCAGCAUAAAUUAUAAUCAACGUUUGAGACGUUUUUGCUCCAAAAACUUUUUAGCUGAUCUAGAAGUCUCUUCUGGUACCUCUAAAAAACCCUUGAAAAAUAUUUACUAUAUAUAAGCUUGCGUUCUACUUUUUGCAGUCCAAACCCUUCUUUCAUCCUCUUUCUGUAACCCUUCUUUGAUCGAUGUAUGCCAUGGCAAAAACAGCUGGAAAACGAAUCUGUUCCUUGUUGUGCUUUUCCAGACCCUUAUGGCUAUGCAUUGCAGUCCUUGUUCCUUGUUUAGUUUUCUCCUACUUUCUUAGUUUUGGGUUCCAUCCUUUCCUUGUUACCAUUCCAAUUUUGGUUCUAUCGACCCUGCUCAUCGUCACAUUCAAAAGGAAAAAGGUGGUUUUGGACGAGAAUAUUGUCCAAGAUGAUCAUCAGGGUCUCAACUGCGGCCAGAAAAACCUGCGUGGAAAAGAAGUUGGAGAGAACCUUCAGACACCACUAGAAACAGCUACCCAGACUGAGGCGGUCCAACAAAAUGAAGUUGGUCUGAUGCAUGAGUACCAAGUUGAAUCACCCUCGGAUAUUCUCUUGUCAUCAGACAGUGAAAGCAGCAAUGACUCCAAUUUAGGUGGAAGCUUUGAUCUCGAUUUGAAGAGUUCCAACUAUAUGGAACAAAUUGCAGCAAUCUCAGAUGUUUCGGUUUCUGAUGAAGAUGAUGAUAGCCUCAUUGAAAUAUCCCUUCCGGUCAGCAAGUCCGGUGGCCUUGAAGGGGAGCCAAAGCAAUUAAAGCCACAGUCCUAUUUGCCCGGGCUCUUACCGGACUCCAUUUUCAAACAACAGGGCUUAAUGGAGCUCUUGGCAGAGAUCAACGAGAUGAAUGAGGAAGAAAACUUGAUCGAAAUUGAUCUUUCAAUGGGCUCCAUCAAGUGUUCAAGGUUAGAGAUUGAAGCUUGAGUUAGCAUUGUCAAGAGGCCAAUAGGUUGGGAGAUUUGAUCUGAAUGGAUGAGAUGUUAAGAGGUAGGGUUGAGAUCAAGGGAUAGUAGGUUUUUGUGUAUUUUCUUUUUGGUAAGAGAAUUUCUUCUUUUCCAUUUACUUGGCUUUUUCUACAAGGCAUGAGGAGCCCUUGACUUUCGCAAGUUGAGCAUGCUUAGCGUUGCCUUUCAAAAUCCCUUUUGUAUGCACUAAAGUAUAAAAGUUGCAACUUUAUCA